AGUUCGAAAGCACCCUCCUCCUCACCGGAGAAGGAUAGGAAAAGGAAACAAGUCCCUGCCAACGCAUCCGGCUCAGGCUCACAAUCUCUCCAUGCCUUCUUCCAGCCCGCAACGGAGAAGCAGCGAUGGUCGAAGUCGAAGUCAUCGUCGCGAAGUUCUAUUUCCGAGAACAAGACCGCCCAGAUAUCAAUACCGAAACAGAAGCAACUGAUAGACGAACCGUUGGAAGAUAUCGACGAUCUUAUUGAAGAUGAUUACGAUUCCUACGAUGAGAUUUUCAGCCAGCAUAUUUCGGGUGAAAAGGAGAGUUUCCAAGAAUGGAAUCAGCCCCCGAAAUAUAAUAAUAAUCAGGGCUUAAAAAAUAGUAGUAGUAAUGAUCGAAGGAAGCAAACGCGGGUGUCGCCUGCGGUGGGGAGUUCGUUGAGUAAAUCUACCGCGUCGAGUAAGCGGUUUCUGCUUCCGAAUGAUCAUACUUCAUCUGGGAAUGUGCGGAAGGCCUCGCCGGCUGUCUCUGAAUCCGGACGCGGUGAAUCGCGGCCAUGGGCGGAGCGUUAUGCCCCAGUGGAUAUUGAUGAGCUUGCGGUGCAUAAGAGGAAAGUGACAGAUGUGCGGAAUUGGUUGACGGGUGUGUUUUCAGGGAGUAAUCGACGGAGGCUACUUGUCCUGCGAGGCCCUGCAGGAAGCGGCAAGACUACGACCAUCUCGCUGCUCUCGAAAGCUGUAGGAUAUGACAUUGUCGAGUGGAGGAAUCCUCUCGGGUCCGAGUACACCGCGCAUGACUAUACGUCCAUGGGCGCGCAGUUCGAAGAGUUUCUAGGACGGAGCGACAAAUUCGGGAGCCUUGAUCUGGACACUACUGGUAUGCCGGUGCAGCAUGAUAGCCCUUCUGGACGGCGCAUCAUUCUCAUUGAAGAAUUUCCUACUGUGCUCAGCCGGACAUCGCCGACCUUGAUGGCAUUCAGGUCUUCUCUACAGCGAUAUCUAGCCGCUAAUAGCCACCCUUUCCUCAACAGGCAGGCUGCCCAGUCGAUUCCUCCCGUGGUGAUAGUGGUCUCGGAGACGAUGCUCGGAACGUCGACCUCCAUCUCAGAUAACUUCACAGUGCAUCGGUUGCUGGGGCCGGAGAUAUGCAAACACGAAGGAACGAGUGUUAUCGAGUUCAACCCAAUCGCGCCAACUUUUAUGUCGAAAGCACUCAAUCUGGUACUGCAAAAAGAAACGAGUGACUCCAAGCGGACGAAGAUACCUGGUCCGGCUGUGCUGAAGCAGUUGUCGGAUAUGGGCGACAUUCGCAGCGCUAUUUCGUCUUUAGAGUUCCUCUGCGUCCGCGGGGACGAGUCCUCAGGCUGGGGAGGCAGAACGGUUACGAAAAAGAAGAAGCCUCCAGGUGGAGUGGCUCUCACGACGAUGGAGAAGGAGUCGUUGGAAAUAAUAACGCAGAGGGAGGCCAGUCUCGGGGUAUUCCACGCGGUUGGCAAGGUCGUCUACAACAAGCGCGAAGACGCAAGUCUUGCAGCGGAAGGCAGCAUUCAAUAUACCCCGGCACCAGACCACCUUCGCCACCAUGACCGCCGAAAGAUAUCGCAGGUCUCGGUGAACAAUCUCAUAAAUGAGACCGGAUCUGAUAUUCAGACAUUCAUUUGUGCACUGCACGAGAACUAUGUGCCGUCUUGUCAUGGUUCAUCGUUUACGGAUUCUCUUGAAGGGUGCAUUGAUUUCUUGUCGGAUAGCGACAUGCUCUCUGCUGAGUCCCGUAGAGGGAUUCAGUCGAGCUGGACCGGUGCCGGUCGCGGUGCAUCGGGCUACGGCAGCACGGUAGACAACAUGCUCCAGGACGAAAUCAGCUUUCAGGUGGCGGUGCGAGGAUUGCUUUUCUCAUUGCCCUACCCUGUCAACAGACGCCUAACGCAGGGCCCCCGGAGUCGGCCUGGAGACGCUCACAAGAUGUUCUAUCCUAGCUCCUUGCGCCUGUGGAGACAGACGGAAGAGAGGAGCGGUGAGCUAGACAUGUGGAUGCGGCGUCUCCUAGAGCCGUCCAGUGCAAUCAGCGCGAUUGGAAGAGGUUCGUCAGAAGGAUCGAAGUCGGAGGGAGUAGAGUCGUGGGUGAAUCGUGGGGUUGGUUCUGGUCAUGCUGGACUGGAGGAUCAGGCUGAUCUGUCCGCGAGGGCGACGUUGAUGUCUCGCGAUGAGGUUCUUCUGCAGACCCUCCCGUACAUGGUCAGGAUUUUGGGGAAUGUGGGCGCGAUGAAAGACCUGGAGGACCUAACCCAGUUCCACGGCAUAGAGGCUGAACCCGUCGAUGUGGAAGACGAGCUUGACGGGCUAGACGAUGUCCCAGUCGAACCUGUGGUGUCUGCUCGAAGCUCGUCAACCUUGCGUCGGGAACGAUGGCCGAAACAACCAAGCUCGGAAGCACCAGAACAACCACCGAUUGAAGAUACGGUUGAGAAACUGGUACUGAGCGAUGACGACAUUGAAGAUGAUUAA